AUGCCUCUGUCACCGAUACUCUACCUCUUCUACAAUGCGGAUCUUUUAGACAGUUGUAACGAAGCCGAAGACACGACAGCCACCGGUUUCAUUGACGACGUAGCGAUACUUGCCGUAGGAAACAGCACUGAGGAAACCUGUCGGAAGCUUCAAGAAGCACUCCGGAAAGCCGAGACUUGGGCUUUCACCCAUGCGUCCGUCUUCGCACCCGAGAAGUUUCAGCUCACCCACUUCACGCGAGCGAAAACCAGAAUCAACACAGACUCUCCACUCCAGAGUCAAUGGGGAGAAAUCGAGCCCAAGACAACCUGUAAAUACCUCGGCCUCACCAUGGACUCAACUCUCAAGUGGAAACCACACAUCAACGAGACAGAACGCAAGGUCACCAACAUCAUUACAGCACUCAGCAGCCCAGGCAGCUCCACAUGGGGCGUGAGGACCAGAGAAAUGAGGAUUAUCUAUAAAGGAGUCGCAAUACCGCAGAUGAUGUACGCGUGCUCGCUAUGGUCCAACAGUGGAUGGGGAGAGAAAGGCUACACCAAGAAGACACUACACAGGGUGCAAAGGCUUCAAGCCAGAGCAGCCAGGGCAAUAAGCGGAGCAUACAGGGCGACCUCGUUUCCGGCGCUAGACGUGGAGAUGCAUCUCCUGCCAGUCGAACAACAGAUAUGGAAACACAACAUCGACACCAUCAGCAGAACAGGCAUGGCCGGAGCCCCUGCACGCAGAGGAAGAAAAAUGAGCCCGAGACAGACGAUAACAAAACGACUGCUCGAUGGACAAGAGGCAAUCAGCCAAGAGCCCGAGCACAUCCUGCCCUUCGUGACUCCCCUGUGGUGGCAGGGACCGCGCAUCCACAUCGUCGGAGGCGCAGAACAAGCUGAAAAGGAACAUCAACGAUGUCUGGAACAAAGCACCAACGCAUUCCAUAUCUAUACAGAUGGCAGCGGCAUUGAUGGUCAAAUCGGGGCCGCUGCAGUCUGCACAACUACACAGCAAACCAGCAAAUCACACAUGGGCGACGACACAACAUCGACGGUCUAUGCGGGAGAGCUGCAAGGGAUCAUUCUAGCCCUUAAGAUGGCUCAGGCGGACAAGCAAAACGGAAACCAAAGAAGCAAAGUUUUCAUCCACACUGACAAUCAAGCCGCCAUCAGAUCGUCAGCCAAACCAAAGGAGAAAUCUGGCUCUUACCUCCUCAAGAUCAUCGCAGACAAGACACAAGCCCUCCGCGAACAAGGACUCAACGUCGAGCUCCGAUGGGUACCCGCCCACACCGGCAUCCAGGGCAACGAAGCAGCAGACGCCGCCGCUAAAGAAGCCACGGGAUAG